ACGGGCUCCAUUUCAGAUUUUAAUUAAAUAGUUUUUUGUUUUUUUAAUGAAAUUUGAUAAGUAAAGCAAUUUGUUUUCGAUGCCCGAAACGGGUGGAUGGGUUUUUUGUUAGUUUUCCUUUGACGUAAACCAGUCUGUUGGCUAAUGGAAUAUCUCGGCUUAUUGGCAAUUGGAAUGCCAAUUGAUUGGCCAUGCUAAGUUAUGCAGAUCCAUAAACCGGCUAAUGGUUGCAAUCUGAAGUCGUGAAGUGUAACACCUGCAAAAGAUAUAGCCAAGCCGGUGUGCAAUUUUAAGCCGGCAUUAAUGCCGCGGAAAAUUCGCGGCCAACGCCGAAGAACGGGUUCGAUUCGUUGACGGAAGAGUUUUCAGUAUUGGCCACAAAGUGCGUUGCGUAAGCAACCAGUUGAUGCACUUGCUCAUGGCUUUCCCACACCACGCGCACCAUCUCCGCAUUUUCCCAACCAAUAUUUAUGUAUUUUUUCUUUGCCUUUUUUUCUUACAGCAUGCGUGAACGCAGUCAAACGACCCCAAGAAGGCGACGAGCCGGUCCAAAACAGGCCUUACCUGGUGGCAGCUCCUCGGAGGGAGUGGGCGCCCUGGAAUCCCCCUAUUAUACCAUUGACAACACGGAGGAUAUAUAUGGCACCACGCUGCUGCCCUCGCAGCGCUGCUAUGUGGAUCCCUGGGAUCUGGAGAACUAUGAUUAUGUUCGCAAGAAGAUCGAUGAUGUCACCGGUGGCGGUGGUGGUGAUGGUGAUGGUGAGGCAAUUGAACCUGCCUACGGAGGUGGUGGCAACUCGCUGACGACCAGUCCCACAUACGGAUACGGAGUGGGUGCCGCCGGUGCGGGUAUGGGUGUGGGCAUGUCGGCCACAAUGCCACGCCCCCACACCCAAAGUCGCCGGGUGUCGCGUGCCCAGUGCCAACUUGAGUGCUGUGUGCCCCAAAGGACUCGUCGCCGUAGCCGCAGCGCUCGCAAGGAGCCACUCUAUACGGCCAGGAGCGAUAUUUACGGUGUGCCCAGCCGCUAUGAGGACUACAUGGCCACCAUGACCAGGCAGUUGCACCUGGACAACGGCGAGGAUGAGGAGCCGGAAGAUCUUUACGGCGAGGAGCAGCGGCAACUGUACAAUGGCUUUGGAGGCUUCUCCAGCACCAGUUCCACGGAGCAUCCCUCCUCCAUUGGCGAUGAGCAGCCCGUUCUCCAACGACGCGCGGCCACGAUGCAACGCCGCUCCGUGCCCAGCGAGAUGCAGCGGAGCACCAACAUGGUCGGCAGCUAUGGAACUGCCCCCCAUCCGCGGCGCAAGCGAAGCGGUAAGGCGGCGCCCAUGGCCGCUCCGCCGCAGAUCGAUUUCCCCGCACCGCCGCCACUUUCGCCCGCCUACGACUACUGUAAUCCCUAUGCUUCACUGCCGUACUGCAGCAUACCGGAUUGCAGCGAAUGCCAGCAGCAGAUCUAUGCCGCACCCUCCGCCCUCUACGGAACCAUGGGCGGCUUGGUGGGUGGUGAUGGCAGUCGGGUUAGGGGCUCAUCGCCCCAUCAUUCCAGCGGUGGUGACUCGUCGCUCUACUCGGGAAUUUACGCACGUAAAUUCGGACUGAGCAAGAAGGGUCUACUGCAGAUCGACUACUCAUGCAGUUGGAACGAUCUGGACAGGGUGAUGCAGCGCCAUUACUGAGAUCCAUGGGGCCGCAUCCACGUGGAUCUGGGAUUUGGGUGCUUGGGUUAGGCUAACUACCAACACGUUUGCACCAAUCGCGAACAGAAACCUUAUUGUUAUUUAAGUCAUUUUGCAUUACAGAUACAAACACAAACACAUACACACACACACACUGAAGACCAAAUAACUGAAACAUGUUUGUCGUAGAUAUAUAGUGUUUUCAUAUUCAUAUUUACCGAAUAAACAUUUUGAAGUCAAGCAUU